GGUGCUGAAGAGAAACGUGGUGACGUCAGUGAGAUCUACUGUGCGUCGACAUGUAGUUCCAAACUUGCCAUAUGUGUUAUAAUAGAGCAAAGCAAUGUUGGCCAUCGGUAAGCACGGUGAAGCAAAGGGAGGAUAUCUCUAUUUACAUACCCGAUAAAGCGAUUGGGGAAUACUGCAGGAGAGGAAGUGAUCCGACUCUCUGACUGCUUCUUCCAACUUCCUGCUCAAAAAGAAAGAAAAAAUCAGGAUCUCAUUACAGUUGAAGAAAGUGUCCUGCGACAGACAGUAUGGAAAAAGAAAUCAUCGUUCAAGAUUUUGUUUAGAAACCAUCAGGAAUUAAUCAACACAUUUCAUCGAGGGGUAUGGAGAGUGCCAUAACACUGUGGCAGUUCCUACUGCAGCUGCUGCUGGACCAGAGUCACAAGCACCUUAUCUGCUGGACCUCCAACGAUGGCGAGUUCAAACUGCUCAAAUCCGAGGAGGUGGCCAGGUUAUGGGGUCUUCGAAAGAACAAGACCAAUAUGAACUACGACAAGCUGAGCAGAGCUCUCCGCUACUAUUAUGAUAAGAAUAUCAUCAGAAAGGUGAUUGGACAGAAAUUCGUUUACAAGUUUGUGUCAUUUCCGGACAUUCUCAAGUUGGAUCCCCAAGCUGUAGAAAUGGGUCAAGAUUUCAGCACGGUAGUGGUCACCAAAGAUGAGGUCCAGGAGAUGGAGGCUCGGGUAAAGGAGGAGGUGGAGGACGACGAUGAUGAUGAGGAGUCCCAGGACCCUGCCAUAUCGGCGGCACUUCAAGUGCAGGCGUGCUACCAUGAGUACUUCCGUUCGGGCCUGUACCCCGGCUUGUCAUUCAGCUCUCUGCACAGCCAGUCGCAGCUUCUGCAGGCCAUCCAACAGAGGCGCGGGGACCCCCGCGAGGAGGCCCAGAGCGUUAUACAGUUUGUCGCCCAGGCUGCCGAGAAGAGCGACGGCCUCCACUCCUCGCGCCGUCCUUCCUCUUCCGAGUCAUCUCUCUCCUCCAGGCCCUCGAAGCGGUCACCCCGGUCGUCCUCGCCGCUCUCCGUGGCGCCGUCCCACUCUGCUCAGGCCUGGAGGAGCCCCAAGGCUGAGGACUCCGAGCAGGACGUGCAGCCGCUGAACUUAUCCUCAGGAAGCAGGGAGAGUGCCCUGACCUCAGACAGGAGAAGCCACCAGGCGUCCGGCUCCGCGUCCAGGAGCAAAAAGCCCAAAGGCCUGGAGAUCGCCAACCCAUCCGUGGUGCUGACAGGAAGUGACCUCGGUUCUAUUGCCCUGAACAGCCCUGCACUGCCGUCCGGCUCCCUCACCCCAGCACUCUUCACAGCACAGACGCCGUCUGGGCUCCUGCUGAGCCCAAGCCCCCUGCUGUCAGGUCUCCAGCUCUGGAACAGCCUGAGUCCUGUGGGGCCCCUGAGCCCCGGCCAUUUGCAGGGCCACGCUCCCCUCUUCCAGUUCCCCACCUUACUAAACGGAUAUGUCACUGUCCCCAUGUCCAGUCUGGAUGGCUCUUCCUCCCCCUUGCUGCUCUCAUCCACCAAUCAUAAGUCUUGAUUUUCAGCGUCAGACACGUUCCAUGUUCCUAAACUAUUGUUACAUUACAAAGGAUCUCAGGCUUUAGUAUGAGGCCUACAAUUUCCCUGAAACCCUGCCCACAAGUCAGGACAAGCACACCUUGCCCUCACUGUCCUCAUCUGCUGACUGAAGACUUGAAGCCUGGAGCAGAAAGUGUACAGCAGUGCUGAAGUCUGAAAUGAAAU